AUGACUGGCAACAUGGUAGACCCCGGUCUGCUUGACAAGAUUGACAAGCUCUUCGCGUGUGGAGUCGGAGACCACAUCCCUCUGCCACAGCUGGUUGUUGUCGGUGAUCAGUCGAAUGGCAAGUCGUCGGUUCUUGAGGGUAUCACCAAGCUGCCCUUUCCUAGAGACUCUGGCUUGUGCACCAGAUUCGCUACGCAGAUUACCUUCCGUCGCGCACAAACUGUUAGCACUACCGUGACCAUCAUCCCUCACAAGGGUGCUUCUCAAGCCUAUGCCGAUGACCUGCGCGCCUUCAAGAGCGUCACAAAUGCUGUCCUCGAACCGAUCUCGUUCUCUAAGACCAUGAAAGACGUUCACAAGCUCAUGGGUCUGUCCGAUUUUACCGAGGACGGUGAAGCCAGGUCCACUUUCUCCGAGGACGUGCUUAAGGUUGAAGUGACUGGCCCGGAGCAGGAGCACUUUUCUGUGGUCGAUGUUCCUGGCAUCUUCAGAACCGCAACCAAGGGCGUGACAACUCUGGCCGAUGCUUCGAUGGUCAAAUCGAUGGUCCGGCGUUACAUGGACAACCCUCGCUCCAUGAUGCUGGUCGUGAUACCUGCCAACGUCGACAUUGCCACUCAGGAGAUUCUCACUCUUGCGGAAGAGGCUGAUCCUGAUGGUCACCGUACACUGGGUGUCCUGACCAAGCCUGAUCUGGUCGAUCCUGGCGCCGAAGCCGGUGUGCUCCAGCUCGUCAGGGGAGAGAAGCAUCCUCUCAACCUUGGCUGGUGCAUUGUGCGCAAUCUCGGACAGCAGCAGAUCCAAGACACUGCCGCUGACAGAUCGGCUGUCGAGAAGGCUUUCUUUCGUGACAGAAGUCCUUGGAACGAGCUCGACCAAGAUCGUGUUGGCGUUGAUGCCCUGCGUAGCCAUCUCCAGGAAGUUCUGGCCAGCAACAUUCGUCGCGAGUUCUCAAACGUCAAGCGCGAGGUAUUGACCAAGCUGAACACAGCCAGGCGUGGUCUGGAUGAUCUUGGUAGCAAACGCCAGACUCCUGAUGAACAACGCCGCUUCGUAAUGGACAUUGCCUCGCAGUUCCGUGAGGUCGUCAUCUCGGCCCUCAAUGGCAACUAUUCUGACAACAAGUUGUUCGACCUGGAAGACGAUUUGAUGAUGGUCACUGCCAUGGUCAACCGCAACGAUAAAUUCGCCAAUGACAUCGAGAAGCAUGGCCAUACAGACCUGGUGAAGCAGGGCAUCAACAGCAACGGCGGCCAGGGUGUCGCGCUGCGACACACCAAGGACAUUGCUGAUCUUGAAGAUUUGAUCAAAGGAGACAACCUAGUAGACGACAAGAUUCGCAGUAACAUCAUUGACUGGUUGUCAGAGCUCUACAAGAGCAGCCGUGGAUUCGAAUUGGGAACUCUUGACAAGAAUUUGCUUGCUCGAACCAUGAAGGUUCAAUCUGAAAAGUGGGAGCCCCUCGCUCAAGGAUACAUCCUGGAUGUUGUCCAUCUGGCACAUCGCUUCGUGACAUGUCUGCUAGGACAUGUCUGCCCAAGUGAGCGUGUUAGAGAAGGGAUUAUGUCUGUCUUGAUGGAGCCUCUUCUGGACACCUACCGCCGUGGACUUGAUCAAGUUCAGUUCAUGCUGCGCGUGGAACGCAGCAAUCCUCAGACAAUCAAUCAUUACUUCAAUGACAAUUUAGACAAGUCUCGUCAAAAGCGUCUCCGCGCAUCCCUCGAGAAGCAUGCCACCGUUCAAGCGUCGCCCUCUGACGGGGUCUCUCAAGCCACGAUCGCCCUCGACGAUAUCUUAAAGAACCACCCAAUGUCGAACGCCGAGCACAUUGUAUUCGAGAUUCAUGACAUCCUCAGGGCUUACUACAAGGUCGCCAAGAAGAGAUUCGUCGACAAUGUUUGCAUGCAGGCGGACUUUGUGUUAGUUACGGGACCCGACAAUCCUCUGAAGAUCCUCUCUCCUCAGUUCGUCAGCUCCUUGUCUGAUGAACAGCUCGAGGAAGUUGCUGGUGAGGAUAUCGGCCUCAGAAGAAAGCGCACUGCUCUGGCCAAGGAGGUCGAGGAUCUUGAGAUCGGCAAGAAGAUUCUCGCAGGUGUCUCUUGA